AUGAUCACUCAAAGCCAUUGUUAUUGCUUUUCUGUUAUUAUGACCAUCUAUUUCUCCCUCCUAUUCCACACUCUUGCUUCUCCUACGCAAAAAUUUUGCCGCCACGACCAGAAGGAUGCUCUUUUGAAAUUCAGAGGCGAGUUUUUGAUCGAUGCGUCUAAUCCAAGCCCAUGGAAUAAGAGCAGUGAUUGCUGUCUUUGGGAGGGUGUCAAGUGCGAUGAUAAAUCUGGCCAGGUGAUAUCACUAGACCUUAGUUACACCUCGCUCAACAGCUCUUUGAAAACUAAUAGUAGCCUUUUUAGACUCUCAUAUCUUCGUCACCUAAACCUUAACGGUUGCAAUCUCCAAGGAGAGAUUCCUUCUUCACUAGGAAACCUUUCUCGUCUCACCCUUCUUGACCUUGCUUCUAAUCAAUUGAUAGGUGAGAUUCCUGCUUCAAUAGGCAAUCUAAAGCGGCUAAGAUACCUUAACCUUGGGGCUAACACUCUCAUAGGAAAAAUUCCAGCUUCAGUUGGUAUUUUAGACGAGCUAAGAGACCUUAUCCUUGCGGCUAAUGAGCUCACAGGAAAUAUUCCUGAUUCACUAGGAAACCUUUCCAGUCUCUUAUAUCUUAGACUUUCGGCUAAUCAUUUGGUAGGUGAAGUUCCGGCUUCCAUCGGAAACCUUAAAGAACUAAGAGCCAUGUCACUUGGCCAAAACAGCUUAAGUGGCAAUCUUCCUAUUUCAUUUGCCAAUUUAACCAAGCUUAAUCAUUUUAGCCUCCGCUCUAAUAACUUCACAUCCAUGCUUCCAUCUUACAUGAGUGGAUUCCACAAAUUGGAACAUUUUGAUGUUGGUGGAAACUCAUUUCUGGGGUCUUUCCCUAAAUCCUUGUUCACGAUUCCUUCGUUACAAACGGUUUAUUUGGAAGAAAACCAAUUCACGGGAUCUAUAGAGUUUGAGAAUACAUCUUUAUCAUCGCCUAAGCUAGAGAUUCUAUACCUUGCUCAUAACAACUUCGAUGGCCCAGUCCCGAAAUCCAUAUCUAAAUUUCUCAACCUAAGAGAGUUACAUCUUAGCCACAACAAUGUCACUGGGCCAAUCCCUAGGUCUAUAUCAAAGUUAGUCAACCUCGAUUAUCUUGAUCUUUCCAACAACAUGUUGGAAGGCAAAAUACCAGGUUUCUUAUGGAGAUUGACGACGAUGACACUUUCUCACAAUUCUUUCAGCAGUUUUGAAAAAUCUUCUCAAGAAUCAUUGAUCCAAGCGUUGGAUCUGAAUUCAAAUUCAUUUGGGGGACCAUUUCCCCAUUGGAUCUGCAAGCUUAAAGGGUUAAGCUUCUUAGAUUUGUCCAACAAUCUUUUCAACGGCUCGAUUCCUCCAUGUUUAAGGAAUCUCACUGAUUCUCUUACAGAGUUGAUUCUGCGUAACAACAGUUUCAAUGGAGUUCUUCCAGAUAUAUUUGCCAAUGCUACCGAGUUACGAUCAUUCGAUGUUAGUCGUAACAAGCUGGAGGGAAAGUUUCCAAAGUCAUUGAUCAAUUGCAAAUUACUGCAACUUGUGAAUGUGGAAAGCAACCGAAUCAAGGACAAGUUUCCAUCAUGGUUGGGAUCUCUGCCAUCGUUACAUGUUCUCAGCCUCCGGUCAAACGAAUUCUAUGGGCCGCUGUAUCAUCGCCACAAGUCCAUUGGGUUUCAGAGUUUAAGAGUCAUUGAUAUAUCACACAAUGACUUCACUGGAACUCUCCCUCCUCAUUAUUUUUCCAACUGGCAUGGAAUGACCACAUUAACCGAAGAAGAUGAUCGGUACAUGGCAGAUAUCGUGAAUGAUUUCAUUUUCUAUCGUAAUUCGAUGGGAAUGGUGAAUAAAGGAGUAGAGAUGAGCUUUGAGCGUAUCCGACAAGACUUCAGAGCCAUUGAUUUUUCUGGAAAUAGAAUCUAUGGCAAAAUCCCUGAAUCCAUCGGCUCCUUGAAGGAAUUGCGUCUUCUCAACUUGUCAGAUAACGCAUUCACAAGCGAUAUCCCACGCUUCUUGGCAAAUUUGACAAAGCUCGAGACAUUAGACCUCUCGCGUAAUAAGUUGUCUGGUCAAAUCCCUCAAGAUCUUGAUAAGCUCACAUUUAUGUCAUACAUGAACUUCUCCCAUAACCUUCUCCAAGGUCCAGUGCCAAGAGGCACACAGUUUCAAAGGCAGAAAUGUUCUUCGUUCUUGGACAACCAUGGACUUUUUGGUCUCGAAGAUAUAUGUGGAGAAACCCAUGUUCUGAAUCCUACAACAUCACAACAACAUGAGGAAUUGUCAGAGUCGGAGGAACAAAUGUUCAACUGGGUAGCAGCUGCAGUAGCCUGUGGACCAGGUGUUUUCUGCGGUUUGGUGAUCGGACAUUUCUUCACUUCACACUAUCAAGAGUGGUUCACAGAAAAGUUUGGUCGGAGAAAAGUCAGAGUCACUACAAGAGCUCGUUAA